AUAUCCGCGUUGCGUUAAUGCUUGGAUGUUUAUAGAUAAGUUAACCGUAAUAAAGUUAUAUGAUAUGACCUAGAUUCGGAUGUUUGAUUUCAGAAUUGAGAUCUAAAUCAUGAACAUCCAUACUCUCCUCUUCGUCUCACUCCUCAUAUUCUCACUCACCGAGUCGAGUCGUGGAAGAAACAAAGAUAGACUCUUCACCGAGCUCCAAAACUCAAUCGAGGUCACCGCUAAACCUGUAAAAGAUAGUGGAGUUUUAGAAGGUGGAAAAGAUAUGGUGACAAUUACAUGGAAGCUAAAGUCGUCAACCAAGGUCGACAUGGAUGCUGCCUUCAAGACAAUCCAAAUCAAGCUUUGUUAUGCACCGAUCAGCCAAGUUGAUAGACCAUGGCGGAAGUCUGAUAACAAACUCUCUAAGGACAAUAGUUGUCCUCACGAGAUUGUGUCCAAGCCAUACGACAUGACCCCCCAAUCACUCGAUUGGACCGUCGAACUUGAUAUCCCCUCUGGAACCUAUUUCGUACGUGCCUAUGGAAUUGAUGGAGAUGGCCGCGAAGUAGCAUACGGACAAAGCACAGAUGAGGGAAGGACGACAAAUCUCUUCAGCGUUCAGGCCAUUAGUGGUCAUCACGUGGCGCUCGACAUAGCAUCCAUCUUUUUCAGUGUCUUCUCCGUUGUUUCUGUGUUUGUCAUCUUUGUCAUGGAGAAGAGGAAGGCCAAGGUUGAGCAAAGGAGAGACACUCACGCCAUGAGCACUCCCAUGGAGAUUGCCGAGCAAAACCCUAUGGUGGAGGACACGAUUCCGAUUCCUCUUCCCAAUGCUUCCAUGGAGGUCUCUCACCAGAAUCCCAUUGAAGCAACGACUAUCCCCGAGCAAAUUGCCGUCGCUGAGCCAGUCGCUACACCCAAUCCUCCUCCUUGCCUCCACGAGAACAAAUUCCUCGUAUCUGUGGAGGUCUGCUUAAAGCCUUCAAGCACGGCUCGUCUAGAGGAUGUCCAGAGAGCUGUUGAACGGAUGCUGGAAACUAGGAGCAUGAGCUAUGCAGAUGGACUGGUAUUGAUACCUGCAGACGACUUGUUCCUUGUUGAAAAUGUUCAAAGAAUUUGCAUUUGUGAUACAGAGGAAUGGGUGAAAAAUAAUGAUGUUCUCUUGUUCUGGCAAGUGAAGCCAGUUGUCCACGCCUUCCAGCUCUUUGAAGAAGGACCAUGUGAGGACUUGUGCACAGAUGGACAACCUGCUAGCUUUAAUGAAUGGAUUCUACCCGCUAAGGAGUUUGAUGGCUUAUGGGAAAGCCUAAUAUAUGAAUCUGGACUUAAGCAAAGGUUACUACGUUACGCUGCAAGUGCGUUGCUGUUCACGCAGAAGGGUGUUAAUCCAAAUCUCGUUUCAUGGAAUAGGAUUAUUCUUUUGCACGGACCACCAGGGACUGGCAAAACAUCCCUUUGCAAAGCGUUGGCUCAAAAGCUUUCAAUUCGGUGCAACUCCAGAUAUCCACAUUGCCAGUUGAUUGAAGUCAAUGCUCACUCUCUAUUUAGUAAAUGGUUCUCUGAAAGUGGCAAACUGGUUGCCAAGCUUUUCCAAAAAAUCCAAGAGAUGGUGGAGGAAGAUGGAAAUCUGGUAUUUGUUUUGAUCGAUGAAGUUGAAAGUCUUGCUGCUGCGCGAAAAGCUGCAUUGUCUGGCUCAGAACCUUCAGAUUCUAUUCGGGUUGUGAAUGCACUACUCACCCAAAUGGACAAAUUGAAAUCAGCACCGAAUGUGAUAAUCCUUACAACAUCUAACAUAACUACUGCUAUUGAUGUUGCUUUUGUGGAUCGAGCUGACAUAAAAGCUUAUGUUGGGCCUCCAACUCUUCAUGUUCGUUAUGAAAUAUUAAGGUCUUGUGUUGAGGAAUUAAUAAGUAAAGGGAUCAUAUCAAGUUUCCAGGGCUGUGAUGAACUCUCUAUUCCAAGCUUUUCAAGUUUGAAAGAAAAAGCAAAUGAAAGUGAGGUUCAUGAUUCAAAUACAGUUCCCUGGUUCUGUAAACAGUUGAUAGAGGCUGCAAAAGGGUGUGAGGGUUUAAGUGGGAGAUCAUUGAGGAAGCUUCCGUUUUUAGCGCACGCAGCACUUGCAGAUCCAUAUAGCCAUGAUCCAAGUAAUUUCCUGUGUACAAUGAUAGAAACAGCUAAGAGAGAGAAGUCUGAACAGCCUGAAUGACCCUUUUUGUGAGGUCAUAAACAAAUAACAAUGGAUAUGGUUUAUUCAGAAAAAUGUUAUGCUAAUUGUUGAUUUAAACAUCUCUUCAUUAUCUCCAACUAUGCAUCUGUUUCACCUUCUAUUUUAGCAUAAACUUCUAACUCAAAAAUUGAAUCAAAGAUAAUAAAUGUUGAAUGGGGUC